AUGGGCCCCUAUAUACCGCCUCCUCAUGCUGCUGCCAGGCCCCUAAUCUGCCAUGGGCCCCUAUAUACCGCCUCCUCAUGCUGCUGCCAGGCCCCUAAUCUGCCAUGGGCCCCUAUAUACCGCCUCCUCAUGCUGCUGCCAGGUCCAGAGUCUGUCAUGGGUCCCUGUACGGCCUCCCAUUGCUGCUGUCUCCAUCGCCACACUCUGCCAUGUGCCACUUUCAGGUCUCCUCACACUGCUGGUGUGUUGAAAUUUUUUGACAUAGGGUGCUGGCAGAUUACGGGCCUCCCUAUAGCUGCUGCCAGGCCCCUAAUCUGCCAUGGCCCCCCUAUACCGCCUCCUCAUGCUGCUGCCAGGUCCAGAGUCUGUCAUGGGUCCCUGUACGGCCUCCCAUUGCUGCUGUCUCCAUCGCCACACUCUGCCAUGUGCCACUUUCAGGUCUCCUCACACACUGCUGGUGUGUUGAAUUUUUUGACAUAGGGUGCUG